AUGCUGCUCGCUGGCCGACAACCAGGUCCAUCUGCGAGCUCCUACCCCAGCCUUCCAGUCAAUAGUCGCGCGGGAGGCGGGGCGGGGAGCCCGGCCCUUCCGGGUUCCCGUACCGACCGGGGCGGAGAAGAAAGAAGGGAAUCGACGGGCUCUGAUGACGCUCGCCCCUCCGUGGCGAACCGUGAUGAUGUCAUCGAGGGCCAGCCCUUCCACGAGCGACUCUCUUCCGAGCGGCACCAGAGCAUGAGGAACUUAUGGAGGCAAUUUGGAUUCUCAAGAAUACUUUUCAAAGUGGAAACCUGUAGAAUAUCUGAAUCAGAAUCAUUGGCUCCACUUGCUUGGACAUCACAGAUACAGAAACUUAGCAGAGCACCUGGUAUUUUCUUGUUGGAUCAAAGGAGAAGAUUCUCCACCAUGACUGAAAUAGAAACAAACCAGAGAGACUCUGAAUUGUUUUCACCACCCUCUAAUGUCCGAGGAAUGACAAAACUUGAUAGAACAGCUUUUAAAAAGACAGUCACCAUCCCAGUACUUAAAGUGAGGAAAGAAAUAGUCAAUAAAUUGAUGCGAUCCCUUAAAAGGGCAGCACUGCAGCGCCCAGGCAUAAAACGUGUAAUUGAAGAUCCAGAAGAUGAAGAAAGUAGACUAGUUAUGUUGGAUCCCUAUAAAAUAUUUACUGAUGGUUCCUUUGAGAGAGCAGAACUCAGUAUUUUAAAGCAGCUUAAUGUCAGUCCACAGAUACAUAAAUAUAAUUUGGAACUCACUUAUGAAAACUUUAAGUCAGAAGAAAUCUUGAGAGCUGUGCUUCCUGAAGGUCAAGAUGUGACUUCAGGAUUUAGCAGAGUUGGACAUAUUGCCCACCUGAACCUUCGAGAUCAUCAACUACCUUUCAAGCAUUUAAUUGGUCAAGUUAUGAUUGACAAAAAUCCAGGAAUCACCUCAGCAGUAAAUAAAAUCAAUAACAUUGAUAAUACGUACCGAAAUUUCCAAAUGGAAGUGCUGUCUGGAGAGGAGAACAUGAUGACCAAGGUUCGAGAAAACGGCUACACCUAUGAAUUUGAUUUUUCGAAAGUCUAUUGGAAUCCUCGUCUCUCUACAGAACACAGUCGUAUCACAGAACUUCUCAAAUCUGGAGAUGUGCUAUUUGAUGUUUUUGCUGGGGUUGGGCCUUUUGCCAUUCCAGUAGCAAAGAAAAAUUGCACUGUAUUUGCUAAUGAUCUCAAUCCUGAAUCCCAUAAAUGGCUAUUGCACAAUUGUAAAUUAAACAAAGUGGACCAAAAGGUGAAAGUCUUUAACUUGGAUGGGAAAGACUUCCUUCAAGGACCAGUCAGAGAAGAGUUAAUGCAGCAGCUGGGACCACUGUCAAAAGAAAGAAAACACUCUGUGCACAUUGUCAUGAACUUGCCAGCAAAGGCUAUUGAAUUUCUCAGUGUUUUCAAAUUGCUUUUAGAUGGGCCGCCAUGUGGCAUUGAGCUCCUUCCCAUAGUGCACUGUUACAGCUUUUCCAAAGACCCUAAUCCUGCUAAGGAUGUUCAGCAGCGAGCUGGGGCUGUGUUAGGCAUUUCCUUGGAGGCAUGCAGUUCAGUUCACCUAGUAAGAAAUGUAGCCCCUAACAAGGAAAUGUUAUGUAUCACCUUUCGGAUUCCUGCUGCUGUGCUCUACAAGAACCAGACCCUAACUCUAGAGAAUCAGGACGACCCACCUCUUAAACGCCAGAAGACAGAUAAAGUCUUUUCAGAAGAAAAAACUCAAAUUGCUUCAGUCACUUCAUUGGAAAUGUCUUCUCCAUCUCCCCAUUAGACCUUUAUGUAAUAAAAUAUAAUGAUUUCAUAAAA